GGUGAACUUUGACCAUGUCAGUCUGGGGUGGUGAGGGUGGAAGUGUGAGACACUGUGAAUGACUGACUAACACAAAGUCUUCAUGAUUUCAGGUCCCUUUUUUCCCCUCUAGAAGGCUGAUUCUGUCAUUUGUGGAUAUGAAAGUUGUUGAUGAGGAUACCAGGCUGUGGAACCAUUGUUGCUGAAGGUAAGAUAGAGAGGGAAAGGCUGUGAUCAGAGUGUGUCCGAAUGUGACUGAGUGUGUGUGUAUGGGCGUGUGUAUGUGAAUGUGUGUGUGUGUGUGUGUAGCCUUAUAUGCCCAUUAGAUGAGAUAUGUUUUCCUAAUAUCUUCAUCUGUAGUUAUUACAUCAUCAAACAGCGACAUACCUCUUACAUCAUCAGACCGCAACAUGUUUUCGUUGUCUGCCUUUCUCAGAUGACUCAGAACAUGUUCCAAGAGGGGCUGUACCAUGUUUUUUUUAAGGACCGCUCCUCGGGCCACUCAUUCACUGUAACCACCAAUCAGGAAGAAUUUAAAGAUGUGCGGAUUGGACGCUGGUUUGGGACAGUCGUUAACACCCGCCUCCUUGUCACUGGGGUGAGAUGAGGAAAACAAAAAACAACCCUGUGGUUCCUAAUCAGUGCCCUGUGACCAAACAUGGUUAUUAAUCAGUUAUUACUGUGUUAUUAUAAUUUUACUAUGUAGUUUCGUAAAUACCUGACCAUUUCCUGUGAAAUAAAGAGUUACCCAAAACCCUCACUCUAGAGUACUUCUCCUGUCUCUCUCUCUCCCGCUUCCCUCUCUCUCGCUGUCACUCUAAGGUUUUGCAGUUCUUCGGUGCCCUGGCCUCCAUCCUAACCACAGUAACCUAUGCCUGCGUGAGCUUCAACUGUUCCGUCUCCAUGACUACACCAAUCUGGUCUGGCCUGUUUGUGAGUCCUCGCUUUUCACUGUCUUAUGCAAGACUGUGUUAGCCCACUGAGCUAAUGCCUAGCCAUCCCCGGUUGACACAGUCUAUGUUGUCACUACCUGUUUCAAAAUGUUUUUCCCAUGUUGUGCCCACUGAACAUCACCCUGGUAUAGAUUAUGUCACUAAACUGGUUAUUGUGUGUUGUUACAGUAUCUGGCCACUGGAGGGCUGGCAAUGGAAGUUCAGAGGAAACCCAACAAACUCAACGUGAGUAUCUAUCAUACGAGUGCUUUGUUCAAUGAGCGAUCUGAUUCAUCAAAAGAUUAAUGAUAUACUUUUUGAAUUAAUUAUCCCAAUUUUGACGUCUCACCCUAGUGAAUCUUUUGUGUUGUUCGCCACUGUUUGUAGUGAGUCGCAAGAUUCAUUGCUGCUGUGAUUGUGAUGAGUGUUAAGUUGUUAUGCUCACUGUUCUGUUUGUGUUGAGCAGGUGACCACACUGGUAGGCCUGAACAUUUUCAGCCUACUGCUGGGGUCCUGUGCUCUGCUGGCCUACAGCCUCAUCACUACACAUGCUAAAGCACUCUACACAGACCAACAGGUGUGUUGUACUGUCUGAGUGUGUGUGCAUAUGUGUGUGUCUCUCUGUGUGUAACCCCCUCCUUUCUUUGUCUCCUCUGUUGUCUCCCUCUCAGCGUGUGGGUGUGUACAUAGCGAAGGGCAGCUCUAUCAUGUUCACAGUACAGUGUCUGCUGGCCUCUGUUUACACUCUCUUCCUGUCCUGGAGAGGUCUACGACGGUACAGCGGCCCCCACACUCAGACCUACAACCGUCUAGCACAGGCAAGCCCAAAUGCACGCAAAUGCCUGCACACGCACAUACACAUAUACAAACACUAG